AUGACCUUCCAACGAGGGGUGGUUUCUGCGCUGCUAAUUGCAGCAGUUGUCAGCUGGCUCUUCAGAUCGCGCUUCAGACCUGAGAAUCUGCAGCCCGAUCUCAAGGGGAAGGUGGCUGUGGUGACUGGAGGCAGCAGAGGAAUUGGUAAAGGAAUUGCCGUCGCAUUGGGAGAGGCUGGAGCAACGGUGUACAUCACAGGUAGGAGCUUGAAAAAGAGCAGCCCGCCUGACACCAACAAGACGGAUACGGAAGGAUCCUUGGAAGAGACCUGCAAACUGGUGACUGAGGCGGGUGGUGAAUGCAUUCCUUUGGCUGUGGAUAACACGGAUGACCGGAAGGUGCAGGGCUUUCUGAAUGAGAUUACCAAAAAGCACGGCCACAUUUCCGUGCUGGUGAAUAAUGCCUUCAGCGGCGUCAGCUACAUGGAGAAGCAUGUCGGGGAGCCAUUCUGGCAAAAAGGCCCUGAAGCUUGGGACGCUAUAAACAAAGUAGGCCUGCGGUCUCACUACGUGGCGAGUAGCUAUGGAGCAGCUCUGAUGUCUGGCAUGAAGCCGGGCCUGAUAGUCAAUGUUGGUUCCUUCGGAGGAUUAAGCUACAUUGUCGACGUCGCUUAUGGAAUUGGAAAAGCAGCAAUGGACAGAAUGGCUGCUGAUAUGGCAAUAGAGCUGGAAACAAAAUCGAUCACAAUGGUUUCUGUGUGGCCUGGGCUCGUUCAAACUGAGAAGCUCCAAGAUGGGGCCAUUCCAUUUGAGCGGUUGCAACCACGCCGUGGUCUUGCACCAGGCGUUCCGCAAGCAGAUUUCGGGGAGAUGUUCAACACUCCAUUGGCCGAAACACCAUUGUUUGUGGGGCGCACAUUGGCCGCACUAGCGCGUGAUCGCUCUAUGCUGCAGUUCAGUGGAAAGGUGCUUAUCCCUGCAGUGAUGGCUUCGGGCUAUGGGAUCGUAGAUGAGCGGGGGGUGCGCAGCCCUCCUUUUACUUCAGUGAAGUUCAUGGCAUCCUACCUCUUCAAGUCCUUCUUGCAGUACUAUGACCUUUGGAAGGUUCCGGAAGAGCUUUUUGCAAAACACCCACCAGUCUCAGAGAGCAUGAACUUCUACUGGAACAAGCUGCCGGACUUUACCUUUCCCAGCUUUCUUGUGAAGCUGACUGCUGGAGCUCCCAACCUGUAA